UUCUAAAUGGGACAAUGUGACGGGUCGGAAGUGACAGCCUUAACCGUGUGGGGUUAACGAUUAAGCCAGGUACGGGCCGUUACCGUACACAAGGCAUGCAUACCGGCACAUACGCAUCAGGCUGCAGCACACAUUAUAACGGAGUGCAGGAUAUGAGACAACCGUUUUGAGGCGUUCAGCAGUGCGCUCUGUUCUGUGUCUGUUCUCUCGUCUCCUCUGUGGACCUCUGCGUUUUAGGUAAACAGCAGCCAGAGCGCUGAGGGGAAGUGUUCUCCUGUAGUGCUGCUCCGUAACUCUAUCCUUGUGCUGCAGACCUUUAAAUACUCCUCAUAAAAUAGCCACUUGGUGAAAGGUGAGACCUUCCCUGCCCAGGACACCGUCUGGCGCGAGCUAGUCUGAAAGGACGGUCAGAGCGCGUGCAGGACUGGCCUGCGCUCUUGGAUGACUUUAUGAAAAUAACUUCAGGCUACUAGCUGGACCUGCAAUACUUCAUGUACUUUUUCAUACCAACUUUUCAAGACUUGUUGGUUACCAGUCGUUGUUGACCAGAUAAACAUUAGUUUGUUUGUUUUUGCUCUCUUUUAAAAAAUAUAUCAUUAUGUUUCAUUCUUCUAUACAUCUGCCUACCGUGCCUACGCAGUGAAUGGAGGACAUACUCCAGCUUCUCCCGAAGCACCGGCAAAUUCUCACACACGCCUGGGGGAGAGCAGCUACUCACACCUGCCUUUGCAGGAGCUUAGUUGCGCUUUCAAAACGUUUUUUACCACUUAAUUUUGCGUUCAUGACCACACCUGAGUGCCACUCACCAGCAUUCUUUAAUGGGAUAAAUUCAUUUGUGAGAUCAGGUUAUUAAAAACCGAUCAAGGGAAAUCUAAACCAACCAUCCCACACCUUUUUACCAUAGCCUAUAUUUGUAAUUCAGUCUACUGUCCCCAAACGCUUCCGCAUGGUACUUUGGUCGAAAGAGCAAGACAAACCGCCGGACACCGACAUGUCAUCCGGGGCGAUAGAAAUGAAGAAAGUGGUGCCACCCGUGUACCUCCACUCCAACGGCUCUGUUCACCCGGCCAUCCUCACAGAUGACCCCGAGGAGAUGAGACCGGAGGAGAUGAGACCGGAGGAGAGGGGCGAGUAUGAGCUCACGGAAGUGACAUCCUUCACGGACAGGUCUGGUGAACCGGGAGAUGAAGGCCGGGAGAUAGUGGUGAUAGACUGCAGGGUGAAUGCCAAGGGCCAGCGCGAGGAGGACGCUCUCCUGGAGAAUGCCAGCCAGAGCAACGAGAGCGACGACAUAAGCACUGACCAGAGCCCAGAGCCACCAGCGCCGUUAAAAGAGACCUCCUUCUCCAUCGGCCUCCAGGUGGUCUUGCCGUUCCUGCUGGCCGGGUUCGGGACGGUGGCGGCGGGCAUGGUGCUGGACAUUGUUCAGCACUGGACGGUGUUUACAGAGGUGACGGAGGUCUUCAUCCUGGUCCCAGCGCUGCUGGGGUUAAAGGGCAACCUGGAGAUGACACUGGCUUCCAGACUGUCCACAGCGGCUAAUAUUGGUCAGAUGGACUCAGCCAAGGACAUGUGGAAGAUGAUCGUUGGAAACCUCGCCCUCAUCCAGGUCCAGGCCACGGUAGUAGGGUUCCUGGCGUCCAUCGCCGCAGUGAUCUUUGGCUGGAUCCCAGAAGGGAACUUUAGACUGGGACAUGCUAUCCUGUUGUGUGCCUCCAGUGUGGCAACCGCAUUCAUCGCUUCUCUGAUACUAGGGAUCAUUAUGAUUGGUGUAAUCAUCGCAUCCAGGAAGGUGGGCAUCAACCCUGACAAUGUGGCCACGCCCAUCGCUGCCAGUCUGGGAGAUCUGAUCACCCUCUCUCUGCUGGCUGGCAUCAGCACAGGACUGUACAAGGAGCUGGAGUUUAACGACUAUGCCAACCCGUUGGUGUGUGCUGUGUUUGUGGCGCUGACCCCUCUGUGGGUGCUGAUCGCUCGGAGGAUCCCCUCCACCAGAGAGGUGCUCUACUCAGGCUGGGAACCUGUCAUCAUUGCCAUGGCAAUCAGCAGUGUUGGGGGUCUGAUCCUAGAUAAGACCGUGUCCAACCCCAACUUCGCUGGCAUGGCUGUCUUCACUCCUGUUAUCAACGGUGUGGGAGGUAACCUGGUAGCGGUGCAGGCCAGUAGAAUCUCCACCUAUCUGCACAUGAAUGGUAUCCCCAUGGGAGACCCUGACCCCAACCCCAGGAAAUGCCCCACCCCCUGCACCUCCUUCUUUGGUUCCAAUGUGAACUCUCGUUCGGCACGGGUGCUCUUCCUCCUGGUUGCUCCAGGUCACCUGGUCUUCCUCUACACCAUCAACUCCAUGCAGGGAGGACACACCACGCUAACAUCCAUCUUCAUAGCCUUCUACAUGGCUGCUGCAUUACUGCAGGUGUUGAUCCUGUUGUACCUGGCUGACUGGAUGGUCCACUGGAUGUGGAGUAGGGGGAUGAACCCUGAUAACUUCUCUAUUCCUUACUUGACGGCCCUGGGAGAUCUGCUGGGGACCGGCUUCCUGGCCCUCUGCUUCCAUGUCCUCUGGCUCAUUGGAGACAGAGACACUGACGUGGGAGACUGAACACACACACCUGGACAGCAUACAUACACAGCAUCAAUUCCGGCUCACCGGAAACAACCUGAACAACUGAACUGUACAGUAUCUCCCUCUGGACAUCGGAACAACUGAAUGACUUUCAGACCCAGACCUCAACCCUGACCCCUUGACCUCCAAUCUCCCCCCAAACCCCUCCCCCUGGGUCACAGACUAUGCCAUUUUUUCUUUAUUUGACUAAAUAAGAGUUCUACUACUAUUGUUUUUAUUGUUAUUAUGAUGACGAUGAUUAUGAUUAUUUUUGUUAAUAGUGAAUUUGAUAUGAAUCUAUAUCUGUUUUACCGUUGGGCGGGUGAAUCCUCAUUAUUUUCAAUGGGGACAUUCUCCCUUGGGCCAGUCACAUUGGCAGCAUUUGUAAAGAUGAGAUCAAUCUUAAAGACUUGAAAUGAAGACAGACAGACAGCAAAAAAAACUCACACAAGCCUAAAAUGCUUAAUCACCAAGUGCUAUACGUAUAAAGAGAUGAAUACAUUUUUAAGGGACCCUUUCAAUUAGCCUUGCCUUGAGAGUAGUGAUUCAGUGGGGGCAGCUCCACAGGGGCCCAAACGAGAAUGUAGAGACCUGAAUCCGCUUAGGUAACAACCCCCCAACCCUGUCAAAGGAUGUCUGAACACUAACCUAAACAGAAACAGGAAGCUUGAACAACUCUGGGUAGAAGUUGCCCUUAAGCACAGAUCUAGAAUCAGUUUACCCUCCCCAAAUCCUAACCUUAACCAUUGGGGAGGGAUGAAAACAUAACUGACCCUGUAUCAGUGGUUAGAGGCAACCUCAACCUAGUCCAUGGACAUAGGUCCUGCCAGAUGGUACGGUCAGGUGCCACAUUGUGUUUCAUAGGUCACCAAGGAGGUGCCAGAUGGUACGGUCAGGUGCCACAUUAUGUUUCAUAGGUCACCAAGGAGGUGCCAGAUGGUACGGUCAGGUGCCACAUUAUGUUUCAUAGGUCACCAAGGAGGUGCCAGAUCGUACGGUCAGGUGCCACAUUAUGUUUCAUAGGUCACCAAGGAGGUGCCAGAUCGUACGGUCAGGUGCCACAUUAUGUUUCAUAGGUCACCAAGGAGGUGCCAGAUCGUACGGUCAGGUGCCACAUUAUGUUUCAUAGGUCACCAAGGAGGUGCCAGAUCAUACGGUCAGGUGGCACAUUAUGUUUCAUAGGUCACCAAGGAGGUGCCAGAUCAUACGGUCAGGUGCCACAUUAUGUUUCAUAGGUCACCAAGGAGGUGCCAGAUCAUACGGUCAGGUGCCACAUUAUGUUUCAUAGGUCACCAAGGAGGUGCCAGAUCAUACGGUCAGGUGCCACAUUAUGUUUCAUAGGUCACCAAGGAGGUGCCAGAUCGUUCAGUCAGGUGCCACAUUAUGUUUCAUAGGUCACCAAGGAGGUGCCAGAUCGUUCAGUCAGGUGCCACAUUAUGUUUCAUAGGUCACCAAGGAGGUGCCAGAUUGUACGGUCAGGUGCCACAUUAUGUUUCACACUCAGUUGGAGCGUUGUUUCUUGAAUUAAAGUCAACCCCAAUUCUUGCCAACCAUGUCCUUAGUGGUCCUUGAGGCCUCAACGCUCAAUAGCAAGGUUUCAACACCUCGUUGUUCUCCCCUAAAUCCUCCUAAAGGGCUACGAUUAUGACAUUUCUUCAAUUAAAUUUGUUUCUUCUUUGUUUUCACACAAACACUUAGACAGAAAAUUGUGCUUUGUUUGUCAGGCUGGCCAUCUGUUUGUGGCAGCCUGUUGGUUACACACACACACAAAACUCUGCUUAUCACUGGAUUCACUGAGGUUAGAGUGGCCUUACUGGGAGGCUAGAGGGAGGUCAGAGAGGGUAGGGACAGAGCGCUUAUUGAGACAGAGGCCAUUCCAGGUGACAUCCUAUCUAGUGCAAGGACUUAGGAGCAUAUGUUAUAGGGUGGUGAAAGUUAUCCACUUGAUCACGCUGUUGCCUAAUGCUGUAGUGACAAGACCUGUUUGGUGUGUUCUGAUUAGAAGGCUUUAAUGGGCUUCAUUAGUUAGUGAGGAAAGACAGGAUGUUGAGGGAGGAAUUGUCAAACCAAUAUUGCCUGCUUAGGAAUAUCAUGCAAACAGCUCGCUCUCUCUUUCUGUCUCUCUCGCUCUCUCAAGCUUUCUCCAAUGGUACAAACAACAUCAACGAUCUUCUUGAGUUGAAGCAACUCAAGGCCUGUCCAUGCUGACUACCACACUUCCUUAAUGUCUGUUGUGCAUUGUACAUACACACUGUGCAGCUGACCUACAAUAUCUGCCACAUAGAUGCCAUGCUUCAAAAUGGCCUCCUAUCCUAACCACAUUUACAUAGUCAGUAUAGACACUCUAAUUCUCGUAAGCAGCAGAGCCCAGCUUGAUGGUGAAAUGCAUGUGUUAUCAUCUGAUGCUUUGUUAUCUGGUGUUCAAUUUAUAUGUUGUUUUAAGGGGCCAGCAGAGUGCAUGUGCAGGGCACAUAACAUGAAUAUGCAAAACUUGUGCAUUAUGAGUUAAGUUUCCUUCUCUUUAAAAGAUAAUGUAUCUUUCUUAGGUUUGACACAUUUUACAAAGUGGAAGUUGUGUCCGUUAUUAGAUGUAUUCUUUAACUUCAUCAUUUUUCUUAACCCUUCUGUGAUCUUAAGUGUUAGAGAACGAUUAUGUCAUGUUUAUGAUUGAGGCAGCCCCAGUGGGGUAUAGUGUCACUGUUGGAAGGUACUGUAAUAUACACACACAGGCACCAGAGGGCGACAUUGUCAUAUGAGUGAAUAUGAGACAGUGCUGAUAGUGAUAGAGGCUGUUCACUAUUCGCUUCAUCUAGAUUAUAGAACCUGUAUCCAAGAUUCUAAUGUAGAACCUGUGUUUUCUAGAUUCUAGAAUUUGUAUUUUCUUGAUUCUAGAACCUGUGUCCAUGAUUAUAGAAUACAUACCUUCUGGAUUCUAGAGCCUGUAUCCAAGAUUCUAUUCUAAAACCUGUCCUCUGUAUUCUUGAAGCGGAACCCUGGAUCUAGAACCUGGGUUCUCUCUGCUGCCUUACUGAACCUGUGCCAGCGUUCUGCCCCAGUACGGAUAAGAGGUUGUGAAUACUUCUUCAGGGGGAAUGCUUUGUCUAUUUAUUUUUAGAUGCACACAAAGCAAAUUGUAUAUACUAUAUUUAUUCUAUAAAUAAGGUGUUUAUUUUUCAUUUAAUUUUGUCUCGGUUCUGUGUCACUGUUUUUGUAAUUGUUUCUCAUUUUAUUUUUUUGUUCGUCCUUUUUUGGGGUUGUAUCCAGCCAGUAGAGCUUCAGAGCUGCCACGGUAGAUUAGCGCCUAGGCUAACAAACAACAGUGUGGGUGCCUAAUAUCUGAUGAACCUCACACACCUUACAUCCCCUGCCCUCGGGCAGGGACCCAAACAUAGAAGGCCUUAACCUAUCAGGAGCCAAGCUCAACACAUAGUAACCAAUCAGGAGCUAGGCUCACCACAGAGUAGAAUCUCUCUAAUUAGCUUUUAUUAAUAACUGACAUACCUUGAUUUGAUGUUGUAAUGUAAUGAAUGAAUAAAUAGUCUAUGAGAGAGGCUGCAUGGUUGCAAUGGCUGCGGUGUUUGGGAAUCACUAAGGCCAGAACCUUCAAUUGAGAACAUAAAUGAAUAGAUGGAUAUUGUAAACAGAAGGCUCUGACUAGAACAGACUAGUGGUCAGACAACACAGAGGUAUAACGGAUGGAUCAUUUCUCUAUAACCCCAUUCCUCAACCCCCACCUCCCACCUCCCAGACACACACACACACACACACACACACUACUAGCACAAAAUGUCCAUACAGAUAUAUUGGUUACACACACAAACACACACGCAUACACUGUAUUUGGAACUGUGUGCUCCCCCUGCUGUCCCCCUCUGUAACCCUGUAACUGUAGUGGGGUUCACAAUCUGCAGGACUUUAUAAAUUGCUGGAAAUAAAGGACUAUAUUAUUUUGUACCACUC